AAGUAGAGCGUCGUGUCGUGUCCCUCGUGCUUUCCGUAGUGCGCGUGCUGUAAGAUGGCGGCCUGCAGUGUGUUCUCCUCUCUCAGGUCUCAGCUCAGUAAGGUUCGGAGGUUGGCGGGGUGUGUGGAGUGUGUGGAGUGUGUACACACUGGGAGAUGGAUGCUCUCGGCUGAUAAAGCUCUGCUGGUGAAACUCCGCAAGACCACAGGCUACACCUUCAUCAACUGUAAGAAAGCACUGGAGAAGUUCAACAAUGACGUCACACUGGCAGAACACUGGCUCCAUGAUCAGGCCCAGAAGGAAGGCUGGAGUAAAGCCAGUAAACUGGAGAACCGCAGAACCUCAGAGGGUCUCAUCGCUCUGCUGAGGAAGGAGAACGCUGCUGUUAUGGUGGAGGUGAACUGUGAGACUGAUUUCGUGGCGAGGAAUGAGAUGUUUCAGCAGCUGGUGCAGGACGUGGCCUUCGCCACCAUGGAGCAUCAUCAGAGCAGAGUGCACGCUGGAUACGUGAAGAGUUUAAUGUCUGCAGAGAAUGUCUGUAAACUCGCUGUACCCGAGGGUUCCUCUGUCGCUGAUCAGCUGGCCCUCGCUAUAGGACGUCUGGGUGAGAACAUCUCGUUGAGACGGGCGGUGUCUGUGGGUGUGCCGGCUGACUGGCGCAUGGGGUCGUAUGUACAUGGGGCAGUUUUGGGGCGCAGUGAAGUAUCCAUGGGGCGUUACGGAGCUCUGGUGGUGUUCCAGGGUGGGCCUGAGGGGCAGGAGGAGGUGCUGGGUAAAAAACUGGGGCAGCACAUUGUGGGGGAGGCGCCGCUGAGCCUCGGGGAGGUCGGGGAUGUGCCGUGUGGAGAAACGGAGACACGCCUCUUACCUCAGACCUUCUUAUUAGAGCCCCAGUACACAGUGGGACAGUACCUCGCUCUGCAGAAUGCCCGGGUUUUCGACUUCAUACGCUUCAAAUGUGGAGAGGAGACGCAGUGACAUCACGCAUGACCAGAACACAAGAUUUAAAUAACGUCGAAUGUCUUCAUCCUGAAUUAACACAGUUGGUGAGGAGCUAAUGAUAGUAAUAAAAGUGACAUUUAUCAACAUGAAUUAUGUUUUAUAACCACAGAAAUGUUUAAACAACCCCCCCCCCCCCCCACACGGGCAUGAAAGCAUGAAAAAUUUCCUGUAUUUUGUGUCAGUGGUGUAAAGCUGUGCAAUGAAAAUAAAACAUUUAUGUGUCA